AGGGGCGGGUCUUGCGCGGGGCAGCUUGGGAAGAUGGUGGCGCCCAGCGCGUGAGACGAGCGUGCGUUGGCAGGUGAGAGGUGUCGUCAAGAGAGGUCCGCUCUAUCGAUGUCCAGCUGGCGACCCGGUGCCUUCCAAAGGGUUUCUGAUCAUGAGACCAUCUAAACACAAGCUUCCUGCACGGUAACAAAGAAAGGCAGUCAUGAAAGUGUUCUGUGGCCGAGCCAACCCAACCACAGGCGCCGUGGAGUGGUUGGAAGAAGAUGAGAACUAUGACUACCAUCAGGAAAUUGCAAGGUCGUGUUAUGCAGAUAUGCUGAAUGACAAAGACAGAAAUGAAAAGUAUUUCCAAGGUAUUCGCGCCGCGGUGGGCAGAGUGAAAGAAAGAGGGGAGAGAGCAAUUGUCCUGGACAUUGGGACAGGCACCGGGCUCUUGUCCAUGAUGGCGGUUACAGCGGGGGCUGAUUUCUGCUACGCUGUUGAGGUCUUCAAGCCUAUGGCCGAUGCAGCUGCGAAGAUAGUGGAGAAAAACUCCUUUAGUGACAAGAUAAAGAUAAUCCAGAAACAUUCCACUGAAGUCACAGUGGGGCCAGAUGGAGACAUGCAGUGUCGUGCAAACAUCUUGAUAACGGAGCUGUUUGAUACUGAAUUGAUCGGAGAAGGGGCUUUACCGUCUUAUGAGCACGCCCACCAGUAUCUCGUAGAGGAGGGAUGUGAGGCAGUGCCUCACCGGGCAACGGUGUAUGCCCAGUUAGUGGAGUCCAAAAGAAUGUGGUCCUGGAACAAGCUACUUCCCAUUCGUGUCCAUGCAGAAGAUGGCGAGAAGGUGGUUGUCUCCCUGCCGGAAAUGGAGGACUGUCCUGGUGCCCCCACCGUUUAUGACAUCCAGCUGAAUCAGGUGCCCUUCGGUGACUUCACGGCUCUCAGUAAAGUUGUUGCCGUAUUUAGGAUAGAUUUCAGCAAGCCAGUCAGCAGAGCCUCCGGCCACCACACGGUACAGCUGGAGCCCAUCAGAUCUGGCCGGGCCCAAGUGGUCCUUUCCUGGUGGGAUAUUGACAUGGACCCCUCUGGCUCCAUAAAAUGUACCAUGGCCCCAUACUGGGUGCAGACGGCCUCUGAUGAUAUCCCGUGGAGAGAUCAUUGGAUGCAGUGUGUGUAUUUCCUGCCCAAUGAGGAUCUUGUUCUCCAGGGAGAGAGCGUGGAUCUGACAGCCUUUCACGACGAUUACUCUGUGUGGUAUCGGCUUCAAAAAGGCAGAAACGAUGAUGCCGGCAUCGAUGUCUGUGUCGAGAGACCCGUGUGUUGCUGCCAAGCCCACCUGCUAUGGAACAGGCCCCGGUUUGGAGAACUCAACGAUCAGAACCGGACAGCCCAGUAUGUGCAAGCUCUGAAGAAAGCUCUGAAGCGAGACAGCGUUUGCCUGAGCAUCAGUGAUGGCAGCCUCCUUCCUGUACUGGCACAUCACCUGGGAGCAGAACAGGUGUUUACCUUGGAGAGCUCUGCAGUUUCUCAUUCACUCAUGAAGAAAAUUUUUAAGGCCAACCAUCUAGAAGAUAAAAUUAAAAUAAUAGAGAAGCAUCCGGAAUUGCUGGUUUCUUCUGAUCUGGAAGACAGAAAGGUCUCUCUCUUAAUUGGAGAACCAUUUUUCUCUACAAGCCUCCUGCCAUGGCACAACUUGUAUUUCUGGUACGCGCGGACAGCAGUGGCCAGUUUCCUCACCAGUGACGUCACCAUCUUGCCCCAGUCUGCUUCACUUCACAUGAUGAUUGUGGAGUUUAAGGACUUGUGGCGGAUCCGCAGCCCGUGUGGUACCUGCGAAGGGUUUGAUGUCCACAUUAUGGAUGAGAUGAUAAAGAAUUCCUUGGACUUCAGGGAGUCGAGGGAAGCAGAGCCCCAUCCGCUGUGGGAGUAUCCUUGCAAAUCAUUAUCUGAUCCCCUGGAAGUCUUGACGUUUGACUUCAGACACACUGUGCCAGAGCACGUCCUCCGGAAAGAAGGCAUCCUAAACCUGUUGAGAACCGGGAAGAGUCACGGAGCUGUUCUGUGGAUGGAAUAUCAUCUCACUCCUGGCCUUUCGGUUAACACAGGACUUCUGCAGGUUUCAAAUGAGAAGGGCUAUUGUCAAUGGACUCCCCACUGCAAACAAGCCGUGUACUUCUUCAGUUCGGUCACUGAGCCCAAGCCGCUGACCAGUAACCACUCUGCAGUUGCAUAUGCCAUAGGCUUCAGCCCAAAGACAGGAAAUGUUACCAUGGAUUUCAAACUCUUAAAUUAAUGCAGCAUCCUUACAAUCAAACAACUUGUUUUGUGUGCUAGAUUUUAAUAAAUACAUUGAGAGGGAGGUGGUUAUGUUCUUUUUGUUUGGGACACAAUCGCUGUUACUGGUCUUAGGGCAUGGUCUGAAGCAGGUGGUCUGUUUUCAUCGUUGCUAAAAGCUAAGCAGGUGUGCCUGUGGUCUGUGCCUGGAUGGGAGACCACCUGAGAACCCUAGAGAUGGCUAGGCAGAAGAAAGACAAGAUGUAACUGGAAUAAAAUAAAUGUAUAAGUAAAACACAAAGCCAAAAAUUAAUAGAUUUGUAUCCCAUCUUUCUAAAUAGGAUUACCCAAUGUGGCUAUGACUAGUAUGCAGAGAUAAUGAUAUUGAUAGCCCUGAGUCAAUUUUUAUUUGUUAGUGGUGUGAUUUUGGUGAUCAGGGGAGUAGCACACAUUCGUAAUAUUUAUAUAAAUUGGUCACCAAGUCACUCGCUGUGAAAACACAAAUAGUGCGUUUAAUGUAGCACCCCAACCGAUGAUUGGGCUUAAGGUAUGUAUGUAUGUAUGUAUGUAUGUAUGUAAAUAGCCAAGUUUUCUUUCCAAUGCAGUAAUUACUCGAUUAGGAUGGGCUCAUGCUGGGUGGUUGGCACCAAAUGUGCAGCUAUCACUUGAUGACUGGCAAAUUUGCAGCUAUCAGAUGAUGGCCUGGACAUGGGAAAUAACGAGUUUUCACAUUCAUGAUCAGUUGUGUGCCUCUUUCCACGUCCCUGUAAUUCAACUGUAGUUGGAACUAAGGAAGAAAGGGAGUGAGCUAUUUACUUUGAGGAUAUGUAACUUAGGAUUUGGGGGCAGGACAGAUUCUGUCAUUUCAAAUCAGGACAGUGAACUGCUGAAAAGUACUCGUGGAACAUUAAAAGGUCAUGACUAUUAUUGUUUACAGAAAAAGUUGACAAUGUUUUUCUUAUAUAAGAUACAGCAGUCAUUUCCCCUACCCUGUCCUGUGUCCUACAACAGUUGACUAAUUAAAACACUGUAUUCCUUUCAAGUGUUUGAUAGAUGCAUUUCCCCCAGUCCUUUUCCUCUCCCCCCCCCACCCCGCACCUGUAACCUUCUCCACUGAUUAUAAUGAUGAUCUCAUAAUCAUGUUAAAACCCAAACGCUAAAUAAAGAAGAGAAAUCUACUGAACGGCUGUUGAAGAUG